AUGUCUAGCAUCCCACCUGAAAUCAACAAUGUGCUUCUGUCAAUUAUACAGGCACUGUUAACUGGAGCUGGUGACAAACAGAUAUACGCCCAAGCUGAGCACUCAUUGAAUACGGAAUGGAUAGAUAAGGAACAAGUAGAAGUACUUCUUCUCUUUUUAGCUGAACAGGCAGUCCAAGGCCAAAGCGACGACAUCAGGGCUUUUAGUUGUGUUCUUUUCCGUCGAUUUGCCAUCAAGUCCCCAACUGGUAAAGGUUUUGAAAAACCGUACUACGACUUUACCAGCAAACAGAUUAAUCACAUAAGCAAAGAGGUCAAGGCUCAAAUUCAGAAAAUCUUACUACAAGGGUUCGUUUCGAGUUCUGGAGUUCCUGGCCAUAUUAGGCACAAAUUGGCUGACUGUAUCAGUGAAGUUGCCAAGGAUAGCGCCAAUGAAUGGCCUACGCUGAUUCCCACCUUAGUUGAAUGCAUCACGAACAGUAAUGAUCCGGUCACGAUCGAAUCGGCCUUUAGAGUGUUCAUUGAUGCUCCAAAGUUAAUUGGUGAUACUUACAUUAGGGAAAUGAUUCCUGUUUUUAGCAAAGGUCUAAACCAUGAGAAUAACCAGGUAAAAGUCGGUGCCUCCACCUCUUUUGUUUCCGUAUUUCGUGUGUUGAGCAGGGACUCAAGAAACGUGGCCUCAGAGUUACUUCCUAGCAUUCUCAAUAGUCUUCCUACUUUAUUGAGUAACGGUGAUGAAGAGUCUCUCACCAGCAUUUUAGAAUCGUUGAUUGAUCUAAUUGAGCUGAGUUGUAAGAUUUUCAAACCUAUGUUUACACAAAUCAUUGAGUUUGUUUCUGCCGUUGCAAAGGACAAAGAUUUAGACGGUUCCACUAGAAUAGCUGCAAUGGAGAUUUUACCUACCUUUGCUGAAUCUGCUCCGAACAUGUGCAAAUCUAAUGAGCUUUUCACUAACAGUGUCAUUCUCAAUACCCUUUCCAUGAUGACUGAGGUUUCCAUAGAUGAUGAACAGGCUGCUGAAUGGGCAAACAGUGACGAUUCUCAAGAGGACGAAGACGAGGAGGAAUACAAUGCCGCUCGAUUGGUUUUGGACAGAGUUUCUUUGGUGCUUGGUGGUGAAUCCUUAGCUUCUCCUCUUUUUCAGUUUUUACCACAGAUGCUUCAAUCACAGCAGUGGCGAGAGCGACAAGCGGCCUUGAUGGCGUUGUCUUCGGCAGCCGAGGGAUGCAGAAACGUGCUGAUAACGGAGAUUGACAAGAUCCUUUCUUUAAUCAUCCCUUGCUUAAAGGAUGAACAUCCUCGUGUUCAAUACGCAUGCUGUAACGCCCUCGGCCAAAUAUCCACUGACUUUGCCAAUAUCAUCCAAAAGACAAGUGGAGCUAUAAUAUUACCAGGUUUGAUUGGAAUGUUGACACCUCAACACACGUUCAGAGUGCAAGCACAUGCUGCUGCUGCUAUUGUCAACUUCAGUGAAUGUGCGUCAAAAGAAGUUCUCGAACCGUUCUUAGAUGACUUGUUAACCAACUUGUUAAAUGUGUUUUCCUCCCCCAAGAGAUAUGUUCAAGAACAGGUUCUCACCACAAUUGCUGUUGUUGCAGACGCAGCUGAACAGAAGUUUGUCAAGUACUACGAUACCAUGAUGCCUUUAUUGUUUAAUAUCCUUACUGCUGACUUAGCGUCGUUGGCAAAUACCAAUUUACGAGCAGAGGCUAUCGAAUGUGCCACUCUAAUCGCUUCUGCUGUUGGAAGAGAAAAAUUCUUACCACAUUCUCAGGAACUGAUCCGUAUUCUAGGUGACAUCCAAAAUAAUGAAAGUGAAUCAGAUCCUCAAGUUAAACAAUACUUGCAACAAGGUUGGUUCAGAAUUUGUAAAGUCAUAGGCAAAGAUUUUUUCCCUUGUCUUCCCGGUGUCCUACCUCCUUUAAUAUUGGAUGCCAAGGUCCAACAAUCUCGUUUAGAAGUUGACAAAGAUGAGGCCAAAGAACUGGCCACUAACCAAGAUUAUGACAUUGUUCAGGUUAAGGGAAAAUUCAUUGCCAUCCAUACCUCAUUGUUGGACGAUAAGGCAGCAGCAAUUGAAACCCUUCAGGAUUAUUUGCAGAUUCUGGGUACUGAGAUGUAUCCUUAUUUGAACGAAAUUGCAUACGAGAUCGUGAUCCCCGGUCUUCUUUUCUUUUUGCAUGAUGGAGUCCGUGGAGUCUGCUCUCUUAUUAUUCCAUCGUUGCUUCAAUGCAGCAUUGAAGCCACUGGAGUUAACUCGAAGCAAACUAUGGAUUUGUGGCAUGCAUGCAUCGAUCAAUUAAUGCUAGUCUUAAGUUCUGAUAGAGUUCCAGAAUUAAUUGUUGCAUACUACAAUUGUAUUGCUCAAUGCUUGGAAAAACUAGAUGCUUCCUGCCUAAACGAGCAGCACCUGUUCCAGCUGGGUGGUGUUAUUCAAGAGAAUCUUACGAACGUCUUUGAAAGUAUUAAGGCCAAGGAGAACAAAGAACCUAACGAGGAAGGUGAAUUCUAUGACGAUGAAGACGAUUACGAUGAUUUGGAUGAGAUUUCUGAUGACGAACUCUUGGACGAGAUUGUGAAGGGUUUCUCUAGUAUUUUCAAGUGUUUCAAGGGAAGGUUUUUACCUGUAUUCAACCAGUUGUUACCUACAGUUGCGUCAUUCAUCAACGAUGAGAACAGCGACAUCAGAGUUGCUGGUCUAUGCAUGAUUAGCGAUGUGAUCGAGCACGCAGGGGCUGAUUCUAUCCAAUUCAAGGAAAUGUUCCUAAGCCCAGUUGGAGAAAGUUUGGUAUCUGAAGACCCUCAAGUGCGUCAAGCUGCAGCAUAUUGUGUUGGAGUUAGUAUUCAAUAUGGGUCCGCGUUGACUUCUUACGGUGAAUACAUAAUAAACCUUACGCCAACAAUGAUUAACAUCGUUCAAGAUGCCAAUUCUCGUAACGGAGAUAAUUUGAAUGCCACAGAGAACGUCAUUGCAACUUUAGGAAAGUUCUACCAUCAAUUAAAAGCAUCAAACACUACAAAUUUCAACAUCCAAGGCAAAGGCUUGGAUAUACUGCUAGAUGAGUGGGUUAAAUCUCUUCCCAUCAUAAUGGAUGAGGAGUGUGCCAUUUUCUGUUACAACUUUUUACUGAAAUUGAUCGAAGGGAAUGACCCUUCUGUCACUAAUAAUGUCCUUCACGUGAUUGAUUCCAUGAUUCAGGGAUUACUGACAACUCUACAAGGGAACACCAAAUCAAAAGUGAUUCAAGCCGUGAAGAGUUUGUUGAACAACAUUCCUAGCGACCAAGUGAUGGCUCUGGUCAACAAAUACCCUCAAGAAGCUCAACUAAAGCUUAACAAAAUGUUGAAUGCUUGA